CAUGCUCGGCUCUUGCACACCACACUCUUGUUGAUUGUGUGCGCUUUGAUCUCACUGAACAGUGCAUCUGACGUGCAGUUUAUACUUUCUGUCUUUCUUUCUUGUUCAGAGAAACAUUUACUUACAGAGAAGUAUGCUGCAAAAUUCACAUCUGUCCUGAGUGUGAAGAUAUCCACAAUCAGCGAGGCACAGAGUCAGCCAUUCUUCUGCUGAGCACAUUGAGCACAUUUAAAGCAGAGGAGACGUGAAAGAGAGGAGAGAAGAAGAAAGAGAGAGGGAGAGACAGAGGCUGGCCUGCCUGAUGGCAGAGAGCUGGAUGUCCCAGUGAGGUCAGGUCGGACGGAGGUCAUGGGGUCAUUUACGCUCGGCAAAGCUGCUUCCCUGGAGCUGCUGCUGGACGCCUGCAUUCAUGCGUUUGAUGAUAAAGGAGAGCUGCAUGAAAAUCAGCUUCCUCGAACAUUUCUGCUGAUGCAUCGCUGGUAUGUUUCCUCCACCGAGCUCGCUGGGAAGCUUCUGAUCAUGUAUCGCGACUGUCGGGGAGAUGACUGCCAAAGGACACGACUGAAGAUCUGUUAUUUAAUGAGGUACUGGAUUGCUGAAUUCCCUGCAGAGUUUGAUCUGGAUCUGGGUCUGAUCCGUCUUACAGAAGAGUUUCGAGAUGCAGCCGCUGAGCUUGGUGGAGACAAACACAUUAAACUACUUGACAUUUCUACAAUCCCCUCGUAUGACUGGAUGCGUAAACUGACUCAGCGAAAGAAGCAGGUGAAGAAGGGCAAAGCGUCACUGCUGUUUGAUCAUCUGGAACCCAUCGAGUUGGCUGAACAUCUCACUUUCUUAGAGUACAAGUCCAUCAGGAGGAUAUCGUUCACAGAUUACCAGAGUUAUGUGAUUCACGGCUGUCUGGUAGAUAACCCUACAUUAGAGCGCUCCAUUGCUCUGUUUAACGGCAUCUCUCAGUGGGUUCAGCUGAUGGUUCUCAGUAAACUCACCCCUCAGCACAGAGCAGAGGUCAUCACCAAAUACAUCCACGUUGCACAGAAACUCCUCCACCUGCAGAACUUCAACACAUUGAUGGCUGUGGUUGGAGGUCUGAGUCACAGCUCCAUUUCCCGCCUGAAGGAAACUCAUUCACACCUCAGCCCAGAGGUCACUAAGAUCUGGAAUGAAAUGACAGAGCUGGUUUCGUCCAACGGUAAUUACUGUGCUUACCGCAAAGCCUUUGGUGAAAGCAAAGGCUUCAAGAUCCCAAUUCUAGGUGUUCACCUGAAGGACCUUAUCGCUGUACAUGUGGUGUUUGCGGACUGGGUGGAGGACGGGAAGGUGAACAUCGCGAAGAUGCAGCAGCUUUUUCUCACCUUUAACGAGCUGGUGUCUCUGCAGAGUGCUGUAGCUCAGGUGGAGCCCAACAUGGACCUCAUUUACCUGCUCAACCUGUCCUUGGAUCUGUACUACACAGAAGAUGAAAUUUACGAGCUGUCCUUGCUCAGAGAACCCCGUAAUCCUAAAUCUCAGCCCACAUCACCCACAACACCCAACAAACCUCUGGCUCCACUGGACUGGGCUUCUGGAGUAACCACCAAACCAGAUCCCUCAGUGGUCAACAAACACAUUAGGAAAGUUGUGGAUUCUGUCUUUCGAAACUAUGAUCAUGAUCAUGAUGGAUACAUAUCCCAAGAAGACUUUGAGAGCAUCGCUGCAAAUUUCCCUUUCCUUGAUUCCUUCUGUGUGCUGGAUAAAGACCAGGAUGGACUGAUCAGUAAGGAUGAGAUGAUGGCGUAUUUCUUGCGUGCAAACCCGCUGCUGCAGUGCAAGAUGGGGCCUGGAUUUAUUCACAACUUCCAGGAGAUGACAUACCUGAAGCCGACCUUCUGUGAACACUGCGCUGGAUUUCUCUGGGGAAUUAUUAAACAAGGAUACAAGUGCAAAGAUUGUGGAGUGAACUGUCAUAAACAGUGUCGUGAGCUGCUGGUUUUGGCGUGUCGUCGUCUGCCUCGCUCCACGUCUCUGGGCAGUGUGUCUCCUGGAGUGCUCACACACAGCUCUUUACCCAGCAGCCCCAACCUGCCCACCUGUAAAGACGACGAUGAGGUGUUUACGUUUCCCACUGUGUCUCCAUCAUCUGGCUCUGAUCUGGAGGGAAAGUCCAUCACCCUGAUGACAGGUUCAGCCCAGCGCAUCUCAGUGCGGCUCCAGAGAGCAACUACCAGCCAGGCCACACAGACAGAGGAACACCUGUGGCCUGAGAAUGGCUGGGCGGCUGUUGCUGACAGUGGCUCGCACACCUUUCCCAAAAUGAGGUACAGGCCACAUCACAAAGCGUCCAAGAGCAAAGGGUUCGCUCGCUGGGAGAACGACACUCAGGGCUCGAUGGGGACGAGGAACAGCAGGAACUCACAGGAGCAUAGUGAAGAGUCACAGCAGAAUGGACUCACAGAACAACAUACCAAUAAAACCAGGACCUCUGAGAUCAGCUGACUUGACCGCUCAGUAGGCCCAUGCAGGACACCCUGGAGCCUGUCCGGACCCCGGCCCAGAGGCCUAUCCUCACUGGUGGGCAUGCUGGGGUGCCUGAUGCCUCCAGUGGAUCAGGAAUAGAGCCACUCUUUCCACAGCCUUGGCAACUGAGAAACAGCAGGCUCGACCCGCUGACUCGCUGACUAAACAAGGAGUGACUGCACUGUGCUGUCCUGUGUAUCCAAACAGAUGCGUUGGAAAGCGAACUGAGAAUCACUAGACGCUGAUGUGAAGGAUGCAUCAGCCGAAUAACAGAUGCGUGAGGAAGAGUAUUUAAGGUAUGCCGCUGACGUGCUUUCGACACGCUCUGGUUUUCGUUCUCAAAAAACACUAUGCGAAAUGGGACGCAAUGGAUGUGAAGGUUAUGUUUAAGUUGUUAUAAACUGAAGUUGUAGGUAUGUAUGAUAGAAUAUUAAAACACUAACUAUUACUCAGCGACACAUUAUGAGCUCAUAUUGAAGGUACGUCUAGUUUCAAGACUCCAAAUAUAAGAUUACACUGUUUUCAAGGAUUGUUUCACAUAUGGCGAGACCAUGAGGUGACCUCUGACCAUCUACACCACUACAUCAGUGUUGCCUAGUAGCAUUGAUAUCUAUAUAAGGGUGAAGUGAUCUACAUAAAUUCAGACACUUGGAUUCAGCAGACACAGGUGUGCCGUCGGCCAGGUGUUUGUAUGGCCUCUGUUGCUAAGCUCCAGAUGAGUUAAUCGGUAACACAGUGUCCUUCAGUGCCAUAUGAAGUAUGUUUGACACAGAGACAGGCUCAGUUUGAGCUCGAAAGGUUUUGAUGGGACAAGCUUUAUGCCGUUAUUUUUGCUGACUUGACUACGUGUGUGUUUGUGCAUGAGAGAGAGAGAGAGAGAGAGGAGAGAGAAAGAGAGAGAUGACACAGGUGGAUCAACAAAUCAAAUAAGACAAACAGUGAUUAUAGUGAGUCUUUGAGCCGAUAAGAUUAGAUGUGCUUCUGGAAUCAAAAAAAAAAAAAAAAAAA